UCCCUGACCCGUUGUUAAUAAGUCCCGACAUGGCCAACAUUUGAUUUUAAAUUGCCCUGGUCCCUCUCACCGCAGAGAGGCGAUUCAAGUCAACUAACAUUGCACCUCCACCUCAGAUGCAAAUCGUUGCAACAAGGUGGAGCUUCUCGCCUUCUUCUCUAAUACCAUAUCGUCACGUUAAGCCAAAAACAUGGACCUGCACUCUCCCACCAGCCCCAUAAUGUCAGAAUCCCAAGACUCCACGGAGCUCCAGCCGUCCAAGACGGUUGUCUUCGAUGAAGAAGAUUUCUCUGAACAACCCACCUCAGAGCCCGAUCCCAAAAGUCGCCCGUGGGUCCGCAGAGGGACAACCCUCCACACAGUAGAAUCCAGGGUCUUUCAUCGUGCCUAUAUCAUCAGACGACCUCGCACUCUUCAGUUCUACCACCCUGAAAUCAGCGGAUCAACGACACCGCUUGAGAAACAGCUCAGCAGAGAGCCAACCAGUAUGAACAGGGAACCUAGCAACAUUAGUAAUGAAAGCAGCACGGAUAGCCAAAAGGAAGAGCGAUCCACGGGCGAUCCAAUCAAGCAGUAUGAGCGAGUAGAUUUGUUUAUCGAUCUGAUUUGGGUGGGCAUUAUUGCAAACCUUUCAGCGUCCUUUGGCGAGCAGGCUUUUGGCGAAAACACUGGUCUGACCAUUGGAGAGGCCACUGGAGAAUUUGUCCUGCUCUUUAUUCCUAUCUGGCGAAUGUGGGACUAUCUCCGCGAGUACAUUGGCAAUUUCUACAAGGACGACUUGACAGACCGAAACUUCAUCGUCUGGAUUCUUAUUCUCUCCGUCCUCUACGGCGUCAAUGCACCCUUCGCUUUCAGCCCGGUAGAUGAAGGGAAUUCUCUCAAGCUACUUAUUGCCAUCUAUCUUGUCGCAAGAGCAUCAUUCCUCGGAGCUCAACUGAUACAGGCUAUGUUCAUACCCUUUCUACGAAGACAGUUUUUGUUUCAACUCGUCUCAACCGUGGUCACAGGCGGCUUAUGGAUUGCCGCCAUCUACAUUCAAUACCCCAGCAAAUUUGCACUUCUCAUCCUAGCCAAUGCACUGGAACAGCCACUUGCAAUGCUCCAUGCCAGUCCAGUUGGUGAUAAGUUACUCUCGGGGGGCUGGAAAAGGACUGUCAACGUGGAUCGAUAUGUUGAACGACACGAAGGGUUUUUCAUCAUCAUUCUCGGCGAAGGCGUCUUUCGCCUGAUUGAAGGUAGUCCUUCGGGGAUGGGGAUAAAUUCGCACACCGGAACGGUAUUGACAGCUCUUCUGCUUUACUAUAUCCUCCACUGGAUUUAUUUCAACGGUGACCAGUCGAAAUCAUUCGUCCAUGCAGUGCGUCGGACUUGGUGGAAGCCUUUUCUAUGGAAAUUUCUGCAUAUAAUCAUGUUCGGAGCGCUUCUCAUCCUCGCAGCAUCCGUUUUGUUCAUUGUAAAAAGCAACAAGAUAUCAACUGCCAUCGGUGAGGACGGCACUGACCCCGAGGUUGCUAUUGAGAGGUCGACUCACUAUGCCGUGUGGUCGGCCUCGGCAACCCUCGCACUUACAGUAUUCUGCAUGACCUGCGUUGCACUCCUCAACCGGGCUCUCGAUAAGCCACAUACCCUUGUCGUUAGUUCGAGGUGGAUACGACUUGCGCCGAGAGUGCCUGCCAUCGUUUUGAUCAUGUGCUUGCCGUUGAUGCAUCUCACUGGGUCGGCGUGGUGUGGAUUGGCGACUAUCAUAGUCUAUGUUGUGUUUUUGUGGGAGUCGUUUGCGGGGUUGGAGAAGGAUUGGAGAUGGUUCGAGCCCAAAGAUGAGGAGGAAUAGGUGGGGUCUGAAGUGCAUUUGAACCAGAAAUCGGAGGAUGAGAGGAGAAAUUUAGGUUUCAGAUCAAUGCAUUACAGAUAUCUCAAACAUUACUUCCAGUAUCAUCCACUCCCGCAGUAAAACUACUUUUCCAGUGCCAGGCGUAGAAUAAUCAAUAGAUUUCUUCUCAUUCAAUUCAACUUCAGAUUUUUCUCCAUCCCAUCAUCACCAACGGUCAAAUCUGA